GUCAGCAAAGGGUCCGGGCCAGAUUCGAAACCAGACCGCUGCGGUAAGAACGCUUCCUUGAUACAUGGUACGCGCUCGACCAGGUGAACUAGCUACCGGGGCGUCCUACGAAAAUGAAUUUUAUGGAUGAAUGUUUUCCCUUUUUCCCGCUCUUUGUAUCUUUGACACGCCUAUAUAUUUUACAUAUGCGUGAUAUAAAACUAAGCAGAUGGGGUUACUGGGUGCAGAUGAGGAGUUUAUAGAAAAGGAUAUAGCUACGAGGUUGGGUUAUCAUAGACAGUAUACAAUGAGUGGACGUAGCCUCCGGAUAUACAGCAUGGAUGUAUAAAGAGAUAUACAGUCCAUGGUGUGAAAAGUGAAGCCAAUGCAUUAGUACCUUAAACCUGCAUUCUUUCAAAUGGCCAGCAGGGGGCAACCCCACUGGUUGCAAAAAGACGUUUCAUAUAAGGUGCACGGCAUUGGCUGUUAACUGCCUCUACGCAUGCUAAGAAAUUACACGCUUUUAUUUGGAAGGCUAUGGUACAUGGUUUCCUGUCUUUUGCAGCUGCGUCUGUCUAACUUGACGCAGCUCUCUCCAGCCCGCCUUCGUCAGCAGAUCUCACGUCAAUCAUCCUCAUUGGGAAUUCACUGGACGCCAGCUGGAGAGCGACGGCACGAAUAUACAAGUACACCACAAAUAUACCGAGAAAAAAUACAAACAUAAAGUCAAUAAAAUUAGGCUCCAUACCUGAACAUACAGAUACAUAUAAUUUAAGAGACAUUAUUAUUAUUAUUAUUAUUAUUAUUAUUAUUAUGUUUAUAUAUAAGAUAACAAACGUUUGAGUCGUAAUUUGAACAAAGAUUCUAUGCAUAAUGUCUCUAAAUUCUAUGAUGAGAAUUCAAAUCUUUUCUCCCGGCAUGCUUUGUGCUGUCUUGCCCAUGCAACAGGUCCCUGCACAACUAAGGUAUGAUUCACCACCACAAGAGGUCUCUCAUAGACCACUACGAUUUUACUGCAAGCCCAUCUGUUGGGUGCUCAGAGAUGGGCAGCAUUACUACACUAUAAUAAUAAGAAGAAGAAGAAGAAGAAGAAGAGGAAGAAGAAGAAGAAUGUCUCCAUAACAGCCAAAAAGAGCAAUAACAGUGCAAUAUGUAGCCUAAAACAGGACACAGUCAGCAGCAUCUUUAACAAUAUCAUCACAGACACCAAUUGCCUUUUGUUUCGGUGGUAAUACUGCGUUUUUUCUGUAAUAUUUUAAACUAACACUAAACAGCAAUCUUUGUGCAAACACAUUGAACUAAUAGGAAAAAUGUAAUAUCGCCAAAACUGACUGGAACAUGCCAUCACUCCCUGAUUGAAAAUCAGAUAUGAUUAAAUCUAAAUUAUCAUUGCUGUGAUCAUAUCAAAGAUCUGUCUCCAUUACAAAGGAGUAAAAAAAGAGCUAUAAUUCUAACGCUAAUCAGUUAGUAAACACAUUAAUGCUUACUUUUUAUCAAAUAGGCUACUCAAGCCCUUAACUUUAUAUGUGAAUCUAUAUGGUAAAGAAUAUAGUUUGAGUUUUUAAGAUAAAAUCAGCAGCCAUGUUGUAAAAGUGUAAAAUUCUGACAUGUCUGAGACCACAUGAGUACAUUUUGUUUUGACAUUCUCUAUAUAGCCCAUCAAGCAUCUGUGGGUCCUGAUAAAGAUCUCACACUUACAGGGACGUACAGGAAACAGCAUCUUUAGUUCUCUUUCUGUACAAGUCAUUAAGGGGACUGCUGGCUGAAGACAGUUAGUUCGUCACUGUGCAUUUGAGGACAUCACAUCCAUAGAGAUCUGGACAGAGAAAUAAGGAGCCCUUAAGUGCAGCUACGGACUACACCUGAUAGGAGAAGGCAUCACUGAGAUAUCACCAUGCCAGAUUAUGGAGCAAAUACCAACAACACGACGGACUAUUCAUCUUAUUAUGACUGGACUGAGACAGACUCCUACGCUCCUUGCAACUACGAGAAUUUGGGAGAUUUUGGCAAGGUGUUCCUGCCCACUCUCUAUAGUUUGGUUUUCAUCCUUGGCUUCAUAGGUAACGGCCUAGUGGUGUGUGUCCUGGUGAAGCACCGCAACCAGACCAACUUGACAGACAUCUGCCUUUUCAACCUCGCUCUCUCCGACCUGCUCUUCGUCCUCACGCUGCCUUUCUACUCUCACUACUCUGCGCUCAGCAAAUGGACUUUCGGAGACUUUAUGUGCAGUUUCAUCUCUGGCUCCCACAGCACCGGGUUCUUCAGUAGCAUCUUCUUCAUGGUUGUCAUGACGCUGGACCGCUACGGGGUCAUCAUGCACGCGCGCACGGUGGCACAAUAUCGCACUCUGAAGACAGGCAUCGCUCUGACCAUGUUCGUCUGGCUGCUGAGCUUGAGUGUCUCUCUACCUGCUUUUAUCUUCACAAAGGUGACAAACGAGUCUGGCGUGCUGCGUUGUGAGUACCUCCCGGAAAACGAUGCGUGGGUGUUUUAUAACUUCUUCGCAACAAACAUACUGGGUCUCGUGAUUCCCUUGUUGGUGAUGGUGGUUUGCUACUCCAGGAUCAUCCCCAUACUGGUGAACAUGAGAAGUGCAAAGAAGCACCGCGUUGUUAAGCUGAUCAUCUCCAUAGUGGCAGCCUUUUUCUUGUUCUGGGUCCCAUAUAACAUUUGCCUUUUCUUCAGGUUUCUGAAAUCUGAAGGUCUAUUGUCGAUUAGUUGCAAACAGGAAGCACAUUUGCGGCUGUCACUAACAGUGACUGAGACCUUUGCUUACACUCACUGCUGCCUGAACCCCAUCAUAUAUGCCUUUGUGGGACAAAAGUUUAUGAACCGAGCCUUGCAGCUGCUGAAGAAAUGGGUGCCUGGGAUUCACUUUACCUCCACCAAAGAUUUGUCAGAUAGCUCAUUCAGGAGGAGCUCAGUCAUGUCCAGGUCCUCUGAGGUCACAUCCGCUUUCAUCAAGUAGGAGGUGGAGGGCAGGUGUAAUGUGUUUUUAUGGACAUCACCUGCAGAGUUUGGCAUGUUUUUAUCAGGGUAGCCUUGUUGUUACUGCCAGCCAUGUUAUUCUUGUUUUUGUAGCAUGAUUUGUUUUACUUGUUACUUCCAGUUUCCACUCAUGGCAGUGCCAUUCAUCAACAAUGUCUAAAGCUGCAUGUACCUGUACACAUUGUUAUCUUUAGACCUUUUUGAUUUCAUUUGCUCUUUGAAUUUGCGCUGGAAUAUUUUGUUUUGACCACAAUUCAAGUGUGAUCUGAUUAGCAUCAUCAUCGUCUGUAUGAUCGCAGGCAUUGGUAAAUGCUAUAAUACCCGUCCUUUUCCUGCUGACAUUGGAGGAAACUUAGCGACACUUCAAAUUGUACCUCUUGACUGAAAGCAUGAAGUUCUUGUUUGUAACAGCCUGUAACCACAAAGUUUGUUUGUCUGUGCCGAAUGUGUUUAAAACAUAUCAGCUUUUUCCCCCGUUCUUUUUCACACAUUUGUUGAUGAGCUUGCAAGUUCAUGAAAAACAUUCAUACUAUAUGGAGAAGCUACCAUUUUUUUUUUGAAGAGGAAAAAUACUAUUUUACAACACGGAAUUGUUUUUAUCAUUUACUUGUGGAAAAGAUUUGUUCAUUCAAAAGUCUGACAAUGAAUCACAGCUACAGAAGUAAAACUAACAGGGUUGUUUAGCACCUUUUGCACAUUCAGACAUCAUUAUGGAUUUAAAAAUGACUCAUCAUACAUCCCAGUAAUAUUUCAUAUAUUUUCUCAAUGUUGUGUUAUGCCUCACAUUUGUAUAUAUGGUAUGCACAGUAUAUUGCAUAGUUGUAUUUUUCUAGUGUUUUCAUACUGAAUACAUUCUUUUUUUGUCUCCGUUGUUUUACUGCCAUUUCAGACGUUAUUUGCACAAAAAGUACACAUUAUCAUACAUUUAUUCACAUAUUUCAGCUUAAUGCUCUAUUGCUCAGUUGCUGAUGUUUAUGUUGUUUACUCUUUUUUGUUGUAUCAUGUUAUGAUUUGUUGUUGUAGUGGUUUACUUUGCCAAUGGAGAUUAUUAAAGUUUGACAGCAUACCAAACAAUGA